UCUUAUAUCACGUGACAGGGGCGGCGCGGCCCGGGGUGUCAGUGUGGAGGAGACUGAGGUAAAGUUGGGAGCGCAGCGGCGUUGGCGGCGGCGGCGGCGGCAGCGGCAACGCGGCGGGGCCGGUAUUCUUUGUAAAUACUGUUAUUUGUAUAUACUGUAAAUGAUGACGUCGGUGGGCACUAACCGAGCCCGGGGAAACUGGGAACAACCUCAAAACCAAAACCAGACACAGCACAAGCAGAGGCCACAGGCCACUGCAGAGCAAAUUCGACUUGCACAGAUGAUUUCGGACCAUAAUGAUGCUGACUUUGAGGAGAAGGUGAAACAAUUGAUUGACAUCACAGGCAAAAACCAGGAUGAAUGUGUGAUUGCUUUGCAUGACUGCAAUGGAGAUGUCAACAGAGCCAUCAAUGUUCUCCUGGAAGGAAAUCCAGACACGCAUUCCUGGGAGAUGGUUGGGAAGAAGAAAGGAGUCUCAGGACAGAAAGAUGGUGGACAAACUGAAUCUAAUGAAGAAGGAAAAGAAAAUCGAGACCGGGACAGAGACUAUAGCCGGCGACGUGGUGGGCCACCACGACGGGGGAGAGGUGCCAGCCGUGGACGAGAGUGUAUGCAUGGGGCUUUAUCAAAACCAGCUGUGGUUCGGGGCCAGGAGAAUGGAUUGGAUGGUACCAAGAGUGGAGGGCCUUCUGGAAGAGGCACAGACAGAGGCAGAAGAGGCCGUGGUAGAGGAAGAGGUAGCUCUGGUAGGCGAGGAGGAAGGUUUUCUGCUCAAGGAAUGGGAACCUUUAACCCAGCUGAUUAUGCAGAGCCAGCCAACACUGAUGAUAACUAUGGCAAUACCAGUGGCAAUACAUGGAACAACACUGGCCACUUUGAACCAGAUGAUGGAACGAGACUUGAUUUCAUUGGGGUUGAGGGGUCAAAUUAUCCCCGAAAAUUUGAGACUGCUCCUGGUAUGAUACAUCCAGGUGCAUGGAGAACUGCAACAGAAGAGUGGGGAACUGAAGAUUGGAAUGAAGAUCUUUCUGAGACCAAGAUCUUUACUGCCUCUAAUGUGUCUUCAGUGCCUCUGCCUGCGGAGAAUGUGACAAUCACUGCUGGUCAGAGAAUUGACCUUGCUGUUCUGUUGGGGAAGACACCAUCUUCAAUGGAGAAUGAUUCAUCUAAUAUGGAUCCAUCUCAGGCUCCUUCCCUGGCCCAGCCUCUGGUGUUCAGUAACUCGAAGCAGAAUGCCAUAUCACAGACUGCUUCAGGGAAUACAUUUUCUCAUCAUAGUAUGGUGAGCAUGUUGGGGAAAGGAUUUGGCGAUGUUGGGGAAGCUAAAGGUGGCAGUACAACAGGCUCCCAGUUCUUGGAGCAAUUCAAGACUGCGCAGGCCCUUGCUCAACUGGCAGCUCAACAUUCUCAAUCUGGAAGCACCACCACCUCCUCUUGGGAUAUGGGCUCAACAACACAAUCGCCAUCACUGGUGCAGUAUGAUUUGAAGAGCGCAAAUGAUUCGACAGUGCAUAGUCCUUUUACAAAGCGCCAGGCAUUCACCCCAUCUUCAACCAUGAUGGAGGUGUUCCUUCAGGAGAAGCCACCUGCAGUGGCUACCUCAACAGCUGCACCUCCCCCCCCCUCAUCUCCUCUGCCAAGCAAAUCCACCUCUGCUCCACAGAUGUCUCCGGGAUCGUCAGACAACCAGUCCUCCAGCCCUCAGCCUGCUCAGCAGAAACUGAAACAGCAAAGAAAGAAAACCUCCUUGACAUCUAAGAUUCCUGCUCUGGCUGUGGAGAUGCCUGGCUCAGCAGAUAUCUCAGGGCUAAAUCUGCAGUUUGGGGCAUUGCAGUUUGGGUCAGAGCCUGUCCUUUCUGAUUAUGAGUCCACCCCCACCACGAGCGCCUCUUCAAGCCAGGCUCCUAGUAGUCUGUAUACCAGCACGGCCAGUGAGUCUUCAUCUACAGUUUCAUCUAACCAGAGUCAAGAGUCUGGUUAUCAGAGUGGCCCGAUUCAGUCAACAACUUAUACCUCCCAAAAUAAUGCUCAGGGCCCUCUAUAUGAACAGAGAUCCACACAGACGCGGCGGUAUCCCAGCUCCAUCUCUUCAUCACCCCAAAAGGAUCUGACUCAGGCUAAGAAUGGUUUCAGUUCUGUGCAGGCCACGCAGUUACAGACCACGCAAUCUGUUGAAGGUGCUACAAGCUCUGCAGUGAAAUCUGACUCACCUUCCACUUCUAAUAUACCCUCUCUCAAUGAAACAGUACCUGCAGCUUCCUUAUUGACGACAGCCAAUCAGCAUUCAUCCUCCUUAAGUGGCUUGAGCCAUAGUGAGGAGAUUCCAAAUACCACCACCACACAACACAGCAGUGCGUUAUCUACACAGCAGAAUACCCUUUCUUCAUCAACAUCAUCUGGGCGUACUUCAACAUCCACUCUCUUGCACACAAGUGUGGAGAGUGAGGCGAAUCUCCAUUCUUCCUCCAGCACUUUCUCUACCACGUCCAGCACUGUCUCUGCACCUCCUCCAGUUGUCAGUGUCUCCUCCAGUCUGAAUAGUGGCAGUAGUCUGGGCCUUAGCCUGGGCAGCAACUCUACUGUCACAGCCUCAACUCGAAGCUCAGUUGCUACGACUUCAGGAAAAGCUCCUCCCAACCUUCCUCCUGGAGUCCCGCCAUUGUUGCCUAAUCCAUAUAUUAUGGCUCCAGGGCUGUUACACGCCUACCCGCCACAAGUAUAUGGUUAUGAUGAUUUACAGAUGCUCCAGACAAGAUUUCCAUUGGAUUACUACAGUAUCCCGUUUCCCACACCCACCACUCCACUUACUGGGAGGGAUGGUAGCCUGGCCAGCAACCCUUAUUCUGGUGACCUCACCAAAUUUGGCCGUGGGGAUGCCUCCUCCCCAGCCCCAGCCACAACCUUGGCCCAACCCCAACAGAACCAGACGCAGACUCACCACACCACGCAGCAGACAUUCCUGAACCCGGCGCUGCCUCCUGGCUACAGUUACACAAGCCUGCCAUACUACACAGGGGUCCCGGGCCUCCCCAGCACCUUCCAGUAUGGGCCUGCUGUGUUCCCUGUGGCUCCUACCUCUUCCAAGCAGCAUGGUGUGAAUGUCAGUGUGAAUGCCUCAGCCACCCCUUUCCAACAGCCAAGUGGAUAUGGGUCUCAUGGGUACAACACUGGUGUAUCAGUCACCUCCAGUAACACGGGCGUGCCAGAUAUCUCGGGUUCUGUGUACUCCAAAACCCAGCAGUCCUUUGAGAAGCAAGGGUUUCAUUCCGGUACUCCUGCUGCCUCCUUCAACUUGCCUUCAGCCCUAGGAAGUGGAGGGCCCAUCAAUCCAGCCACAGCUGCUGCCUACCCACCUGCCCCCUUUAUGCAUAUUCUGACCCCCCAUCAGCAGCCACACUCUCAGAUCCUUCACCAUCACCUGCAGCAGGAUGGCCAGACGGGCAGCGGGCAACGUAGCCAGACCAGCUCCAUCCCGCAGAAGCCCCAGACCAACAAGUCUGCCUACAACAGCUACAGCUGGGGGGCCAACUGAGGCCCUGACCCUCUUCUCCCGGUCCCAUCUUCUGAGAGGGCUUCUCAGCCUGGAAACUAUGGAAACAGCAUCAAAGAGAGAAAAGAAUGUGGGGCGAUUCCGAUGCUCCACACCCCCAGCGGCCCAUCCCACACCUCAGCUUCAUGUCUUUCCCAUUCCUAUACCAUCCCACCCUAUUGUAUGUAUUAUAGGAUUUGUAUUUUCUCCCUCCCCACCCCCCCCCUUCCUCUUAUUCCUUCCUCUUUGCAUUCAAGAUUAUGAAACUUUGCUGUGGGCCCUGCCUUUCAUUCACUUCUUCCUGUUCACCCUGGUGGUGUAUGGGUGAGGUGGGAAGGUGAAACCCCUCCCCCAAAUAUAUAUCAGCCCAACAGCCCUAAGUCUCCUCCUUUAUUAUUAGGAAAACCAAACCAAACCACACACACACACACACACACACACACACACACACACAUAUACACACAAACACACACACAAACACACACACACACAAAUGGCGUCAUAAAUAUGAACAGCAUUGUCAGAUGAAUUAGUUGAAGUGUUUUUUUUUGUACUGUGUCCUCAAAUUUAAUGGAUUAAUGUGUCUUGUAUAUAUAUAUACAUAUAUAUAUAUAUAUAUAUAAAAGGAGAAAAAAAACCAAA